AUGAUGAAACUAUUCUCACUCUUUUUGGUCCUCUUGUUCAUCCAUACUUUCGCCUCCGCCGCGUCGUCGCCGGUGCUCGACACCGACGGAGAAGAGCUCAAACCUGACGUCGAGUACUACAUUUCAUUCAAUGACUAUGGUCCUAGCGGUGGCAUCGGGCUCCCCAGAGGGUGGGGGCGCCUAAAAUGCCCCGUGAGCGUAAUUCAAAUGCUUCAGGAUGACAUAGGCCUCCCGGUGAUCAUGAAACCCGUUAAGCCCUCCGAGAGCAAAAUCCUCGAGAACUCGACCGACGUCUACAUAAGUUUCCCGGGAUCCCUCACUCGAUGCCCCGGCGGCGCGGCCUCUUGGAGGGUCGAGUACGUCGAAUCGGUCAAGAAAUCCCUUGUUGUGGCCGGGACAUUUGUACCGAACCCGUCGAGCUACUUUAGGAUCGUGCAAGACCCUAGGGAAAUAAAUGGGUACGUGUUCGCCACAUGCCCGAAUAUUUCUGGGCUUCAAUGCCGCAAACUUGGGCUUUUUGGCGUGGGCGAUCAAGAUCGCUUGGCGGUGAACGAUCAACCCAACGAUCUUCCCUACAAGUUUUGGUUUGUUAAGAAGGAGAAUGUGGGUGUGAUUCAAUUGCCUAAAUGA